AUGGCGACACCUCCGGUUUCGCCAAGGUGGUGGAAAUGUUCUUGUAGUGAAAAUGGGGGUGAAGAUACAGUAGUAGGGAAUGUCAGUAAAUUCCUCGUCAUUCCCACUGGCUACUGUGGGCUUCCUAAGAAGGGACACUUAAUAUUUGAUGCAUGUUUUGAAAGUGGAAACUUAGGUCGUGUGGACUACAUCUCAGAAUUUGAAUACGAUCUAUUUAUCAGACCAGACACUUGCAAUCCUCGUUUCCGAGUUUGGUUUGACUUCACUGUAGAAAAUAUGAAGGAAUGUCAGAGGGUAAUUUUCAACAUUGUCAACUUCAGCAAAACCAAGAGUCUCUACAGAGAUGGAAUGACUCCCGUUGUCAAAUCCACCAACAGAUCAAAAUGGCAAAGACUUCCAUCAAAGCAUGUUUAUUACUACCGUUGUCCAGAUCAUCGGAAAAACUACGUUAUGUCAUUUGCCUUUUGCUUUGAUCGGGAUAAUGAGGUGUACCAAUUUGCAUACUGCUACCCUUAUACCUACACUCAUCUGCAACAUUACCUAGAUACCCUGGAAAGAAGGAAUAUGGAUUACUUCAAAAGGGAUUUGCUUGGUCUAAGUGUGCAACAACGGCGCCUUGACCUUCUGACCAUAACAAACCCUGUGAAUCUCAGUCCAGGAGCAGAGCAAAAGAUCAUUUUCAUCACAGCCCGUGUUCAUCCUGGGGAAACACCUGCGUCGUUUGUGUGUCAGGGUUUUAUUGAUUUUCUUGUCAGUCAGCACUCUGUGGCCAAGAUUUUGCGGGAUGUUCUAGUCUUUAAAAUAGUGCCUAUGCUAAAUCCUGAUGGAGUUUUUUUAGGUAAUUACAGAUGCUCUUUAAUGGGAUUUGAUCUAAAUCGACACUGGCAGGAUCCCUCUGCUUGGGCUCACCCCACACUUUAUGGAGUUAAGCAGCUGAUUGUACAAAUGUAUGAUAACCCGAAAGCAAGCAUGGAAUUUUACAUUGACAUCCAUGCUCAUUCAACUAUGAUGAAUGGAUUUAUGUAUGGAAACAUCUUUGAGGAUGAGGAGAGGUUCCAGAGGCAAGCAAUCUUUCCCAAGCUUCUUUGUCAAAAUGCAGAGGACUUUUCAUUUUCUAGUACUUGCUUUAAUCGGGAUGCUCUGAAGGCAGGCACAGGACGCCGUUUCCUUGGUGGUCUUCUGGAUGACACCUCCUAUUGCUACACGCUGGAAGUUUCAUUUUAUAGUUAUGUUGUAGGAGGAACUACCAGCACAGUUCCUUACACUGAAGAAGCCUAUAUGAAACUUGGAAACAACCUUGCUCGAACUUUCAUGGACUACUAUAAAUCAAAUAAUGUAACCAGUACAAAACCGUUAACAUCAGUUGCUACCUUCAGAUAAGACUGAAGUUGGCUCCUCAAACCACCUGGCAGUGAGAAAAUGUUCUCGAAUACUAUAUUUCAUUUAAAACUACAUAAGAAUUACUAUUCUGCUGCGGGAAGCAUGAAGUCAGUUCCUAACUAAGGACUUUAUACUGAGCGAUGCAACCAGGCUGACAGGCAGCUACAAUUAGCAAAAUUAUCCACUGAUGUUCAGAAUUGGAUGUCUCUUAUGGGAGGAAUGUGGCUUCUGUUUUGUGUUGGUUUUUAUGAAACUUGAAACCUGGCAGAAUGCAAUCUGUAAGGUUUAUAAAAGUGCAGUACUGAUUUCAUUUAUAUAAUAAAAACAAAUCGCGCAACAUAUAUCUUAGAAAAUCUCCUGGAACAUUAAUCUGUCUGCCUUCUCUCUAUUCUCUGUAAUUGUUCUGUGAUAUACAAUUACCAAAUCAGAGAGAAAAAAAUUAAAUGGAACAAAAUUGGCAAGGGUAAUAUAAAUGUAAAUGAUUGGACACUUCAAAAUUGCAGUUAUUAGUUUUGCCCAUACAACCUUUCUGCAUUCAUCCAUCUUCAGCAUUGGGAGAUAACCAGUUAACAUCACCAAAUAAUUUACUGUUGCAUCCAAUGACCAGAUCAAAAAAGAAAGACUUGCACCAGCUUAAUACAUAGUUUCUCGCUCUUGCUCUUACGAAAAUUAUUUUAGACAUAUAAUGUGUAAACCAAAGUAGACUUAUCCAGGAUAUGUAUAGAUAGCUAGUCAAGGCAAAAUCUUUAUAUUGUGACUCAAUUUAUGAGAUUGGUGUAACUUCCUUUUCGGUUUCCCUUUCUGGUCCACAUCACAUUUCAGUCUCCAUACUAUCUGCAACUCAUUUAGUUGCCCUUUCUCUUUUGUGACUGCCCACUAUUAUGGGUGGUUUCAACCUUUCUACCUUUGCACAAAUUAUCAGCACAAUGCUUUAAGCCAACAAGCAUACUAUACAAAUGAAACAAAUAUAAAAUUACAUUUUCUCUUCAGACUAGAUUGAAGUUUUAUAAUAGAUAUCCCUUUUGGUAUGAGACACAUAUAAUUUUGAUAGUCAGCUUAUGUCCUUUAUAUAGUUUACCCUAUAAUUAACUAAUCUCUGCAGAGAAUGGAAAUAGAGUUAAAAGUUAUUGAGAUUGAUAAAACUAUAUCAAAAUGCAUUUUUCUUUAAUAGUGCAUGAUUUUUGCAGCAGAUAAACAUAACCUGGCUUCAAGCUCUCAAACCUUCAAAGCAAACAGCUUAGAAAGCUGCAAAUACACAAUCACUGAUGCUCAUGAACAUCAAAUAAAUCAAAAUGAUUUUUGCUCCCAGGCAUCAAAACCAUCUUCUAAACAACUAUGAAAAGGGAUAGUGUGGUAAAAUAAGUCCAGAUAUAUCAUCAUAAGAGAGGAAAUAUGAAUAUGUUCAUAUGCACUUUUAGCUUAAAUCAUACGUGGCGAUGCCCAUCUUUUUUGAAGCUCAAAGAUUUAUGCAUUGCAGAUUGGAAAGUUUGUAGGUUAGAGUAUUUUUUAAAAAGGAAAGGGAUGUGCUUCAAUGAAUUUCAAUUCUCACAUAUGCCUCUUUCUCAUUCCUUUAUCUCUGGAAAGGGAAAUUAAAUGAUAGCUAAAGCAAUACUACCAUCUUCCUAUGUAAAAGAGAGGGAGCAGUCUUAUUCUAAAUUAUUUCAUUUAAAUUGUUUCCAGAGCAAAAAUCUUUAAGAAUAUAUCAGGAACGAUUUAUUCUGCUAUGACACUUUAUAAUGACUUGUAUUUAUCUGUUCUGUAACAUUUUAUGCUGCUGUUGCUUUUGAUGCAAGGGUUUUGUAAGGCAUUUGAACAGUUGGUAGUUUUGAAAUAAAAUCUGAUGAUCUUCUUCUUCCUUAA